UUCCUCCUCAUCCUUCUCAGCCACCAUUUUUGUCUUUUAUUUGUGUUAUGCAGUGUAUCGAUAAUCUGCAUUUCGGAUAUUGUAAAAUUAAGAAAUGCAUAUAAUUGCUACACAGUUAAUAAUUUAAAUGCACGUCGCCACGCUUCGGUGAACGGAAAGGACAUUUCCUGAACUCUUGUGAAUUAAUCUACUUGAUCUCCGAGACAAGAAUUCUUGCAGAGCGGGUUAGCUAGCAAGCUAGCCACAAUAGCGCCGAAAUGUACAUCAAACAGGUGAUUAUCCAGGGGUUCCGAAGUUAUCGAGAUCAGACUGUGGUCGAUCCAUUCAGCUCAAAGCACAACGUCAUCGUUGGAAGAAAUGGGUCCGGAAAAAGCAACUUCUUCUAUGCCAUCCAAUUUGUUCUCAGUGAUGAGUUCAGUCACCUACGCCCAGAGCAGAGACUGGCUUUACUGCAUGAAGGGACUGGUCCACGUGUCAUCUCUGCUUUUGUGGAAAUCAUAUUUGACAAUUCUGACAACAGGUUACCGAUUGACAAAGAAGAGGUCUCUCUCCGUCGUGUUAUCGGAGCAAAAAAAGACCAGUAUUUCUUGGACAAGAAAAUGGUGACGAAAAAUGACGUGAUGAACCUGCUGGAAAGCGCUGGGUUUUCUCGCAGCAAUCCUUACUAUAUUGUGAAGCAAGGAAAGAUCAACCAGAUGGCGACAGCGCCCGAUUCCCAGCGCCUGAAACUGCUGAGGGAGGUGGCCGGAACCCGAGUGUACGACGAGCGCAAGGAGGAGAGCAUCUCCCUCAUGAAGGAGACGGAGGGCAAAAGGGAGAAGAUCAACGAGCUGCUGAAGUACAUCGAGGAGCGCCUGCACACGCUGGAGGACGAGAAGGAGGAGCUGGCGCAGUACCAGAAGUGGGACAAGAUGAGGAGAGCCCUGGAGUACACCAUCUAUAACCAGGAGCUCAACGAGACCCGCGCCAAGCUGGACGAGCUGUCCACCAAGCGGGAAACCUGCGGGGACAAAUCUCGACAGCUGCGGGACGCCCAGCAGGACGCCCGGGACAAAGUGGAGGAAACUGAGCGGGUGGUGCGCGAGCUGAAGGCCAAGAUCUCGGCCAUGAAGGAGGAGAAGGAGCAGCUGAGCACGGAGAGGCAGGAGCAGAUCAAGCAGAGGACCAAACUGGAGCUGAAGACCAAGGACCUGCAGGAUGAGCUGGCGGGGAACAGCGAGCAGAGGAAACGAUUGCUCAAGGAACGGCAGAAACUUCUGGAAAAGAUCGAGGAGAAGCAGAAGGAGCUGCAGGAGACGGAGCCCAAGUUCAACGCCGUGAAGGAGAAGGAGGAGCGAGGCAUAGCCAGGCUGGCCCAGGCCACGCAGGAGAGGACCGACCUGUACGCCAAGCAGGGCCGCGGCAGUCAGUUCACCUCCAAGGAGGAGCGGGACAAGUGGAUCAAGAAGGAGCUCAAGUCCCUGGACCAGGCCAUCAACGACAAGAAGCGCCAGAUCGCCGCCAUCCACAAGGACCUGGAGGACACGGAGGCCAACAAGGAGCGCAACCUGGAGCAGUACAGCAAACUAGAUCAGGAUCUGAACGAAGUGAAGACGCGCGUGGAAGAAUUGGACAAGAAAUAUUACGAAGUAAAGAACAGAAAAGAUGAACUGCAGAGCGAGAGAAAUUACCUGUGGAGGGAGGAGAACGCGGAGCAGCAGGCCCUGGCCGCCAAGCGGGAGGACUUGGAGAAGAAGCAGCAGCUCCUGCGCGCGGCUACUGGAAAGGCCAUUUUGAACGGCAUCGACAGCAUCAACAAAGUGCUGGAGCACUUCCGCCGCAAAGGCAUCAACCAGCACGUCAUCAACGGCUACUACGGGAUCGUCAUGAACAACUUCGAGUGCGAGCCCGCCUUCUACACCUGCGUGGAGGUCACGGCUGGGACCAGGUUGUUUUACCACAUUGUGGAGACUGAUGAAGUCAGCACCAAAAUCCUGACCGAGUUCAAUAAGAUGAACCUGCCUGGGGAGGUCACCUUUCUCCCCCUCAGCAAACUGGACGUCAGAGAUACGGCCUAUCCAGAGACAAACGACGCCAUCCCGAUGAUCAGCAAGCUGCGCUACAGCCCCAAGUUCGACAAGGCCUUCAAGCACGUGUUCGGCAAGACGCUGAUCUGCCGCAGCAUGGAGGUGUCCACCCAGCUGGCCCGCGCCUUCACCAUGGACUGCAUCACGCUGGAGGGUGACCAGGUGAGCCAUCGCGGGGCCCUCACUGGGGGGUACUACGACACCAGGAAGUCCCGCCUGGAGCUGCAGAAGGACGCCCGCAAAGCAGAGGAGGAGCUGGGAGAGCUGGAAGCCAAGCUGAACGAAAAUCUGCGCAGGAACAUCGAACAUAUCCUGCCCGAGAUCGACCAGCUGAUGAACCAGAUGCAGCAGAUCGAGACGCAGCAGCGCAAGUUCAAGGCGUCCCGGGACAGCAUCCUGUCCGAGAUGAAGAUGCUGAAGGAGAAGCGGCUGCAGUCGGAGAAGACCUUCAUGCCGAAGCAAAGGAGCCUGCAGAGCCUGGAGGCCAGCCUGCACGCCAUGGAGUCCACGCGCGAGUCUCUGAAGGCCGAGCUGGGCACCGACCUGCUGUCCCAGCUCAGCCUGGGCGACCAGCGCCGCGUGGACGACCUCAACGACGAAAUCCGCCAGCUGCAGCAGGAUAACAGGCAGCUGCUGAACGAGAGGAUUAAGCUGGAGGGAAUAAUGACCAGGGUGGAGACGUACCUGAACGAGAACCUGCGCAAGCGCCUGGACCAAGUGGAACAGGAGCUGAAUGAGCUGAGGGAGACGGAGGGAGGGACGGUCCUCACUGCCACCACCUCCGAGCUGGAGGGAAUCAACAAGCGUAUCAAGGACACAAUGGCACGCUCAGAAGACCUGGACGCUAUUGACAACGGAGUUUGGAUCAAGGCAUGAAGAGCAUGGAAGCUGGAAGGCUCGAAGGACCAGAAGCGCCAUCCCACGCUACCAGGAGCUGGAGAGAUGACCAACGCAGGCAUCUGACUGAAGAAGAAGGAGGAGUGCAUGAAGAAGAUCCGCGAGCUGGGCUCCCUCCCACAGGAAGCCUUCGAGAAGUACCAAACCCUCACGCUCAAACAGCUGUUUCGUAAACUGGAGCAGUGCAACACGGAGCUGAAGAAGUACAGCCACGUGAACAAGAAGGCCCUGGACCAGUUUGUGAACUUCUCCGAGCAGAAGGAGAAGCUCAUCAAGAGGCAGGACGAGCUGGACAGGGGCUACAAGUCCAUCAUGGAGCUGAUGAAUGUUCUGGAACUGCGCAAAUACGAAGCCAUACAGCUCACCUUCAAACAGGUGUCGAAGAACUUCAGCGAGGUGUUCCAAAAGCUGGUCCCGGGGGGCAAGGCUACGCUGGUGAUGAAGAAGGGGGACACGGAAGGGGGUCAGUCCCAGGACGAGGGGGAGGGCGGCACAGACAGCGAGAGGGGGUCGGGCUCGCAGAGCAGCGUACCUUCUGUGGACCAGUUCACUGGAGUGGGAAUACGGGUGUCCUUCACAGGAAAGCAGGGUGAGAUGAGGGAGAUGCAGCAGCUCUCCGGGGGGCAGAAGUCCCUGGUGGCCCUGGCGCUCAUCUUCGCCAUUCAGAAGUGUGACCCCGCCCCCUUCUACCUGUUUGAUGAGAUCGACCAGGCCCUGGACGCCCAGCACAGGAAGGCCGUGUCUGACAUGAUUGUGGAGCUGGCUGGACACGCCCAGUUUAUCACAACGACCUUCAGGCCUGAGCUUCUGGAGUCUGCAGACAAGUUCUAUGGUGUAAAAUUCAGAAACAAGGUGAGCCACAUUGACGUGAUCUCCGCCGAGCAGGCCAAGGACUUCGUGGAGGACGACACGACGCACGGAUGAGCAGCAGGCCCCCGCCUGCUCUCAGCGACCGCGCUGAAGCUGUCUGUACUCCAGCCUGUUUGGAAUUACCUGUGCGUUCUUUUAAUCUACACUUAUUCGUCAGUUAUCGGUUUCCCUAAGAACAGCUGUUAACUUUUUUUGUGUGGGGCCCGGGGGAUUUUAGGCUAGGAGCAAACGACCAGAGUAAGGAAAAGAAACAGAAGACAUCGUUAAAACCCCGUAUUGUCUUACAUAUUGUAACCCUCUUCCCCAGUUUCUAAUUUGAAUUUACUGUGAUUUUAUAUAUUUUUUUUCUUUAUACUGUGCAGUUCCAGCACAUUCUUGUUUUUAGCCUCCUUUUCGUCUUGCUGUUUGAAACUCUUCCUUGUGGAAUGUUAUUUCAAUAAAAUAUAACCAUUUCACUUGUUACUAGAGGUAAAAUAAACUAAAUUAUAAAUA